AUGGCUGUACCGGAGGCUAUUAUUGAGGGUGCUGGAAGCUGUAUACUAAUGUCUGCUUCCUAUCCAGGGUACACGUCAAAACGAUCCGAUAUGUUCGUCGCCAAACUCCGAAAGCACCGAAUGCCACCUCCAUAUUAUCUUCUACUGUCGAUAACGCUGCUAUCCACCUUAUCGACAGUAGAAAGCGUCUGUAACUCAGCCUGCUGUACAGAAAUUCCGGAGAACUACAGGGGCAUCUUUAAAACACGCAACACAUUCCUGUCAUCUCUCCCGGAUUCGCGUCGAUUGAACACCCUGGCGCUAAUUGGGACCCACGAUUCAGCAGCCUAUGACACGAUAAAAGCCGCGGAGGCCCAAGCUUUGACCAUUUCCGAGCAGUUGGGUGCCGGAAUUCGAGUCUUCGACAUGCGGGUCAGGUCUCUCUUCAACUCAUUCAAGAUGCACCACGGGCCAAUCUACUUAAAAAGGUCUUUCGACUCCAUAGUGACCAACGUGACCAAGUUUUUCCAGAGGAACCCCAAGGAAUUGAUAAUAAUGUUCAUGAAAGUUGAAUUUUCCGAGCUUUUCUGCACGUUGAGCGAGUGCGAAAUUUUGGAGAACUACAACAAAUUAUCCGGGGGACUUUUCGUCCGGAAUUGGAAGUACAAUGACACCCUGGGUCAGCACCGCGGGAAGAUUCUGCUGGUCAAGGCGGACAACGGGUUUGACAAUUGCACGACCAGAUUGCCCUGCAAGGUCCAGAAUAAUUGGGACAUUUCGGCGAUUGGGACCAAAUACACUGCUAUAGACAAGUGGCAUGACAUCAAGUCGCUUCAAGAUGACCAGUUUGAUCCCAGUCAGCAUCACAAGUGCUAUAUUAAUUACUUGUCCGGGUUCUCGGACAUCUUCCAGGGCCCUAAAGCCGUCGCUACUGGCGGGUACUUCUGGUGGGGAGAACUCGAUCGGACUACUGGGACCAAUAGGAAGAUGUACGAGUAUUUUAGGAAUCCAGGGAACACUUUGAGUAUUAUUUUGACGGAUUUUCCUGGGCAGGGGUUGAUCAGCAAGAUCACUGAUAGCAAUAAGGAGGCGUAA